AUACAAGUGGGCAGCCCCGCAGAUUCUACUCGUCAGCUGUUUGGCUUGUCAACCAUUUUUCGCUUCGUGUUCUUGACGAAAAUUAAAAUCAAACGCGUAAUUCGCUUAUAAUUUUUGCGAAGUGAGGCGUAUUGUGCUAGAACAUGCGAGCGGGAGAAGAGCAAAGGAGCAGAUAACAGAUAGCAAAGCAACGCCCGAAUAGUGACAGAUAUAAGCGCAAGAAGAAGCUGCAGCACAGCGCGGGCCUUUGUUGUUGUGUCUGCUGUGGAUUCGGGGUAACAGCACCACCUACACCCUCGAGGCCCACACCCAAUCACCCACGUGCCUGUCUUCCACAUUUGCCAUGAGCGGCGCACGGGAUCAGGCGGAUCCCCCGCUGUUGCAGCUCGAGGAUGAGGUGGACCUCAUCGGAGACUUUGUUAAGGACCAAACAACGACCAGCAGCCAGCUGGCCCCGCUUCUAAAUGGCUUCGAGUCGACCACCAACCAGUUGACCACAAAAGUAGAGAUUAAUACAAUCGGCAUGGGCAAACGAAAGAUCAAAAAGCGUGUGAGAAAAGAGAGAGAACCCAUGCUUCUGUCGGUGGACGAUGACGAUGACGAUGAGGAGGAGUCAGGGGAUAAAGUCCACACCAACGGCCUGCCACCAGGCGAGGAGAGUGCGGGUGGUGACUCCGCGCUUCAGAUACCGCAUCUAGAUAAGUUAGUCAUUUUGCACGACGACCAAACCGACGACGGCGACGACGAAGAUGGCGAGGAUGAGGUGCUGCUGAAGAAAAGCUCAAACCAGCGCAGCCAACGAUUCAAAGGUCGCGCUGAGGAGAGCAUCGAAAGCAGCAGUCACCAGCCACAGAUCAUUAGUCACAUCGCACCCGCGAAGGCAGUCACAUCCGCAUCGUCAGCGACAUCGCCGCUAAAAACCACCUCACACAUCGCCCUCGCGCGUCACUCGCAUGACGAGGCCGACGACAUCUGUCUGGUGCCAGAAAUCGACUUCGAGGGCAUGUCCACGGACGCGGGCAGCGACAACAGGGAGUCGCAGCCGCUCCUGGGAGGUGGCAGCGUCGGCCACGGAAGCCGCAUCAGCGAGCUGCUAGGCGGACUGGGACGCGGCCACGAUCAUGUGGACUUUGUGUCGAAUACAUUUGGCGAUGAUCCGCUUUUCUCGGAAAUCGUGGCAAAGGCGGAGGGAGCCAUCGAGGAUGGUGUGCUUCCCGAGCGGAUUUACCAGGGUAGUAGUGGUUCCUAUUUCGUCAAGGAUGCGUCUCAUCAAUGUCUGGCUGUUUUUAAGCCAAAGGAUGAGGAGCCCUAUGGCAGACUGAAUCCAAAGUGGACCAAAUGGAUGCACAAGCUGUGCUGUCCCUGCUGUUUUGGCCGUGCUUGUUUGAUUCCCAACCAGGGGUACCUUUCGGAGUCUGGUGCAAGCUUGGUUGACCGAAAACUCAAUCUGAAUGUGGUCCCGAAGACGCGCGUGGUGAGACUGGUGGCGGAGAGCUUCAACUAUGCUCGUAUUGAUCGACAGAAGGCGAAGCUGAAGAAGCGGAUUAAGGAGCAUUAUCCAUCGGCCCAUUUCAAUCGAAUGAGCCUUCCCUUAAAGACUGGCUCCUUCCAGCUUUUUGUGGAGGGCUACAAGGACGCCGACUAUUGGUUGCGUCGCUUCGACAGCGAACCUUUGCCACCGUCGGUGGCCAAGUCGUUCCAGCUGCAGUUCGAGCGCUUGGUUGUCCUGGACUAUAUCAUUCGCAACACGGACCGGGGCAACGACAACUGGUUGAUUAAGUACGUUGCCCCCAAGAUCACGAGCCAAGUGGGCGGCACCGGAGGCAGAACUAUGCACGGAGUUGUGCGUCCCACACUGCCCAGUGCCAUGGGGGCUUCGGAGAUAGUUGAUCUGAACGAACCGCAUGUAAAUCGAAACGCAAAACCCGACGGUGGGCAGAAAAACCAUUCGGCGGGCGAAGCAGCCACCAACGGGCAACAGGAUAGCAGCAGCGUGGCCAGUAGCGAGGAUGAACCCUCCUCGAGAUCCCCUUCCUCGGAACCAGAUUGGCAUGUGGUGAACUCGGCCUUCAUUCGGAUUGCUGCCAUAGACAACGGCCUGGCUUUCCCCUUCAAGCAUCCGGACUCGUGGCGAGCCUACCCCUACCAUUGGGCGUGGUUGCCACAGGCGAAGAUUCCGUUCAGCGAGGAGAUUAAAGAACACGUACUGCCCCAGUUGUCAGAUAUGAACUUUGUGGAGGAGAUCUGCACGGAGCUGUUAUACCUGUUCCAGCAGGAUCGUGGCUUUGAUAAACGUCUCUUCGAGCGCCAGAUGUCUGUGAUGCGGGGCCAAAUCCUAAACCUCACUCAGGCACUGCGGGAUGGCAAGUCGCCGGUGCAACUGGUUCAGAUGCCAGCCGUGGUUGUAGAGCGAUCAAGCGGCAGUCGGUUCUUUUCUUUUACGCAGCGCUUCCAAAACAAGAGCCCCUUUUUCUCUUGGUGUUAAAUGGCCACUAGGAGUCCCUGCUAACCCCACCAGAAACCAAAUCUUGCAGUCCUGUCCUGCAGCCUCGUCAUCAUGCAAAUGCGCUUCAUUGUUGUCUAGUAUAUCUCCAAAUCAUAAUCAGUUGCUGUCGGCAAGGAGCCCCAAAAAUGUCUUUUGUUAUAUAUUUUAGUUUUGCUCCGGCCAAAAUAUCCACAACGUCAUAUGCAAUAAGUCAAAUACUUUGCUUACGUUUUUAUGGUUUAGCUUACCCAUGGUUAUGUAAAUGUAGAAAAUAACUAUUGUUUGUGAAGUGUUUGUAUAGUCAAUUGUUUAUGCGUAUUAUAAGAUGAAAACUGAAAAAGGGCCUAACAAGUUCACAGUGAGGUCCCAUAAAAAAACGAACGCUCAA